AUGGAGUUGCUGCUGAUCUGCCUUUCCCUGUGGAUAUUGCAAUGCAAUUCGGCCAAAGCGGACUCCAUCAUACAUAUCGGUGCCAUAUUCGAGGAAAACGCCGUGAGAGAUGACGAGAUUUUCCAACUUGCCAUUUCAGACCUGAGUCUGAACGACGACAUUCUGCAGAGCGAGAAAAUCACCCACUCUGUGAAACUUAUCGAGCCUAACAAUCCCUUUCAGGCUGUGCAGGAAGCAUGUGAGUUGAUGAACCAGGGGAUCCUCGCUCUGGUCACAUCCACGGGAUGUGCAGCCGCAAGUGCCCUGCAGUCUCUGACAGAUGCAAUGCACAUCCCCCAUCUCUUCAUCCAGAGAAGUGGGGAUGGUUCACCCCGCACGGCCUGUCAGCUCAACCCCAGCCCAGACGGAGAGAGCUACACGUUGGCUGCCCGUCCACCUGUUCGAAUCAAUGACGUACUGCUCACCCUCGUCUCUGAACUGCACUGGCAGAAGUUCAUCAUAUUUUAUGAGAGCGACUACGACAUCCGGGGUUUGCAAACCUUUAUGGACCAGGCUUCUCGGCUGGGUCUGGAUGUGUCCUUGCAGAGGGUGGACCGCAAUGUCAGCCGUGUCUUUACUGACCUCUUCAACACGAUGCGCACAGAGGAGCUCAACCGGUAUCGGGACACUUUGCGACGGGCCGUACUGCUCAUGAGUCCUCGAGGUGCACAGGUGUUCAUCCACCAGGCUGUGGAAACCAACCUGGCAUCCAAGGACAGUCACUGGGUCUAUGCCAAUGAGGAGGUGAGUGAUGCAGACAUCAUGGAGCUGGUUCACAGCUCUCUGGGGCGGAUGACCAUCAUUCGUCAGAUCUUCCCAUUGUGGAGGGACACCAACGUGCGCUGUAUGAGGAACAAUCAUCGCAUCUCCUCUCUGCUCUGUGACCCACAGGAAGGCUAUCUGCAGUCUCUGGAGGUGUCCAACCUCUACCUGUAUGACAGUGUUUUGAUGCUGGCCAACGCCUUCUACAGGAAACUGGAGGACAGGAAGUGGCACAGUAUGGCCAGCCUUAACUGCAUGAGGAAGUCCACCAAGCCAUGGAAUGGAGGAUGGUCCAUGUUGGACACCAUCCAAAAGGGACGGAUCAGUGGAUUGACAGGACUGAUGGACUUCCGCGCUGAAGGCUCUAAUUCUCAUGUUCAGUUUGAGAUUCUUGGAACCAGCUACAGUGAGACAUUUGGUAAAGAUGUGAAACGGCUGGCAUCUUGGGACUCCACUCGUGGUUUGAAUGGUAGCCUAAAGGAGAAUCGGAUAGAGAGCGGUAUGCAGGGAGUGACGCUCAAAAUUGUAACACUACUGGAAGAGCCUUUUGUCAUGGUGGCAGAAAACAUUCUGGGUCAGCCCAAGAGAUACAAGGGGUUUUCGAUUGAUGUGCUGGACGCCCUUGCUAAGAUCCUGGGCUUCAAGUAUGACAUCUACCAAGUCGGUGAUGGGAAGUACGGCUCAGCACUCCCUAAUGGAUCCUGGAAUGGCAUGAUUGGAGAACUCAUUGGCAAGCGAGCUGACUUGGCGAUAUCAGCCAUCACCAUCACCCCAGAGCGCGAGAGUGUGGUGGAUUUCAGCAAGCGCUACCUGGACUAUUCAGUGGGAAUCCUGAUGCGCAAGUCAGAGGAGAAGAUCAACAUUUUUUCUUUACUGGCACCAUUUGACCUGGCAGUGUGGGCGUGCAUAGCCGCAGCCAUCCCUGUAGUGGGUAUCAUGAUCUUCCUGCUCAGGCGCAUCCAGGCAGUGCGCUGCCAGAACAGUGCAGGAGGCCAUCCGCCACCUUCUGUCUCCACUUCACUUCAGAGCGCCAUCUGGAUUGUCUACGGUGCCUUUGUGCAACAAGGUGGUGACUCCAUCCUGGGAUCGGUGGCUCUGCGCAUCGUCAUGGGCAGCUGGUGGCUCUUCACCCUGAUUGUGUGUUCGUCCUACACAGCAAACCUGGCUGCGUACCUCACCGUGUCACGCAUGGACAAUGCUGUCAGGUCAUUCCAGGACCUGUCGAAGCAGGUGGAUCUGGUUUACGGGACAGUGAGGGACUCGGCCGUGUACGAGUAUUUCCGGGCCAAAGGCACCAACCCUCUGGAGCAGGACAGCACAUUUGCAGAGCUCUGGAAGACGAUUAACAAGAACAACGGCUUUAAGAACUCUGUCUCUAGCCCGUCAGAGGGAAUCAAGAAGGCAAAGCGAGAGUCAUAUGCCUUUCUGUGGGACAUGGCCGUGGUAGAGUACGCUGCUCUGACAGAUGACGACUGCACGCUAACUGUGGCAGGAAACAGCAUGAGCACCAGAGGCUACGGCAUGGCCCUGCAGCACGGCAGUCCGUACAGAGACCUCUUCUCUCAGAAGAUUUUGGAGCUUCAGGAAAAAGGUGACCUUGACAUCCUGAAGCAGAAAUGGUGGCCAAAGAAAGGUCGCUGUGACCUGCAGAGCUAUGCAGAUUCCCAGCCGGAGGGUCGUGCGCUGCGUCUCCACAGCUUUGCCGGUGUGUUCUGCAUCCUGGCUGCUGGGCUGUUGCUGGCCCUCCUGGUGGCUGCACUGGAGACCUGGUGGAACAGCAACCACUGCCGGAGAGAGCAGCCCAAAGAGGACAAAGAGGUGAACCUGGAACAGGUCCACCAGCGUUUGAACAGCCUCCUGGACGAGGACUUGGCCCACAAGCAGCUGCCAGGCCAGUCUAUUGAGAUCUCUGCCCUGGACAUUGGCAGCAUGCAGCCCAGCCAGUCCCUGGAGGCCUUGUCUGCUCGGGACUACCCAGCCCAUCGGGGGCCGCGGCCACUCUCGGUGACCACCUUCCUCCAGGAGGGCCAUGGGGCAGGAAGGACACUGGGUGCAGCCGCUGGCAGGACCUUGCCCUUGCCCCUCAGCAGUGCCACCAUGCCCUCUAUCCGCUGCAAACACAGGGCACCCAAUGGGGGCCUCUUCCGGCAGAGCCCAGUCAAGACACCCAUGCCAAUGUCCUACCAACCAGUGCCAGGAGGACCCAUCCCAGAAGUCAGUGAGCCCAGCCACGGGACAUCCAUCUGA